AAGGGACAUUCUCAGACUGCAUGAGACAGAGAAACCUCUUUAAAUGUGUAUGGACUUGAGAACGUGUGCUGAAGAACAGGAAAGGCAACUGAUCAACUUCUACAAGCAAAGAAAUGUAGAGUGGGCCUGUCCUGUCAAAUGUCAACUUGAAGGGGAUGCUGCAGUUGGUGAUGGAGUCACCAGACACUUUUUUUCUACAAUUCUUGAAAAACUGAAGUAUGGUUUCAGUUUGAACUUGGGAAACACAGGAGUUACUUGCCUCUUUGAGGGACAGCCAGACCACUUGGUGCCCUCAUCCUCACAAUUCCUCACUGAAAGUGACCUCUUCCUAGUAGCGGGGAGAAUGCUAGGUCAUUCUUUUCUGCACGGCGGCCCAUGUCUCGCAGGGCUCAGCAGAGCUUUUGUUCAUGUUCUACUUCAAGGUUCUCAAGAUACUGCCACUUUGCAAUUGGAGGACUGCCCAGAUGUUGACAUACGGGAGACCAUCAACUUGCUCAGUGGACAGUCUCCAUUGAAUGAGGACCAGUCUAGUAAAGUCCUGGAUCUUUGUUUGUCUUGGGAUCUUCCUGGUCCAACAGAAGAAAACAGAAGGUGGCUUUACGAACGUCUGCUGUCACAUGCGGUUCUCGGGAGAAGAGUACGCCAAAUCAAGCAACUGAAACGAGGACUGAAAGACACUUGUGUUUGGCCUCGUCUAACUGAGAGGAAGGAUGUGGUAUUCUUUCCCAAGGAAUCGGAGGACUCAUGCACUCCUGAGAUGCUGCUUUCACACAUCUCCUGUCCUAGAGAGAGUGAUGACGAAGAUGAUGAAGAAUACUCAGCUGAUAUAAAGGAACGGAUCACAGGGUAUUUAAAGCAGUUCAUUGAGACAGCAUCCAGCAAGGACUUAACAAACCUUCUGAAGUUCUGGGUCGGAUGGGAGCAGAUGGAGGCAAAUAUGGCUGUGGAAAUUGUGAAAAGUGAUCUCCCAAAAUCCUCUAGCUGCUUCUGUGUUCUCCGGCUCCCAGGGCACUAAAACAGUUUCCAGUCCUUCAACAAGGGCUUGAUGAUGUGCAUUGGCACAAUGUGUAGUUUUUAGACACAUGUACAUGUUACAUUUGUUACACAGUGAUACACACUUUUAUUAAAUGCUGUUACUGCACUUAGGACCAACGCUUUGUUCAAACCCAGCUUACAGGUUUUUUUCUUUUUCAUUUUUGGGAUUGCUUUGUACAUGAUGCUUGUUGAUCAUGUUGCUAUUUUUUUGAUACUAUGCUAUAAGAUAUAGUACAUUAAGUAAUUGGUUAAUGUUCUGUACACGCAGUCACUUAUACGGUCAACUUGUAUCGUUCCACAAUGGUUUUCUUCAUGCAUGGGCUCAUGCAGUGGUAUAGACAUUGUUGUUCCAUAGCUUGUCGGAAUUUGCUAAAUACCAUUAAGUACUUUAUUCUUUUAAAGUAUUAGAAUUUAUGCAAAAUGUAUAUUUAAACG